UGAGCCGUCAAGAUGGCGGCGCUCGGGCGUGAUGCUGGUCCUGACGUGAGGCAUGGAGGUGGAGGUGUGGUGCCGCUGGGUGCUGGGGAAGUGCCCAAGGAAACUCAACAUAAUCUUCAAAAUGAGCUCAGGCUUUCAUGAAACAGGAUAUUGUUGUCAGCAAGUAGCUACUGUUUUUUUUCCAGCUCUGAAAAGCUAGAGCAAGAACUACAAAGGGCCUGGCUACCUUUGGGGAGAACUGUAAGAAAAAUAAAAACUCAAUAUCUCAGACAUCAAGAUGACAACAUACACACAUGGUCAGCCCAGUCUUUCUCUAGGAGAUGCAAAACUCAGAAGACCAAUGGUCAUCGAAAUCAUAGAAAAAAAAAUUGAAUAUCUUAGAACAGAAAAGACUUUAAAUAUAUAUGGAACAGUGGUCUUUGGAACAACAGCUAGUUUCUCUGGAAUGUUGGCAAACUUCAUUUUCAGACACUGCUUCAAGGUUAAACAUGAUGCUCUGAAGACAUAUGCAUCAUUGACUACACUUCCAUUUUUGUCUACUGUAGUUGCUUAUAAGCUCCUUGUAACAGACGCUUUGUAUUCAGGUAAUAUAAACCAGGAAAAUUGUGUUCUGAGAAGCUCACUGAUUGGCAUAGUAUGUGGUGUUCUAUAUCCCAGUGGUUUAGCUUUUUCUAAAAAUGGGCGUCUGGCAGUCAAAUAUCAUACUGUUCCACUGCCACCGAAAGGAAGAGUUUUACUGUAUUGGCUGAUGCUUUGUCAAACAGAGAUAAAAGCAAUGGUGAUUCCUCUAAUCUUUCAGACAGUCUUUGGAGUAUUGAAUGGUCUACAACAUUAUGCAGUAUUUGAAAGUACACGUGAAAAAAUUGUACAUGAAGAUUAACUGAACAAUGAAUAAUUACUAAAUCAGAAGAAUGGAUUUUUUUGUGAUGAGGACUCAGACAUUACUGAAAGAGUUAAAACUAACUGAGCAAUUGAUUUCUGUUCUUUUUGCCUAGUAUAUAGCAGGCACUCAAUAAAUAUUCAGUAAUUCAAUAAACAAA